AUGGCUUCUGAUCUGGCUAAGGCCACUCAGGGUCUAUCUCUUGAAGACGACGCCUUCAACAUCGACGAUAUUCUGUUUGAGCAGCGACCACGCAAACGAGUCAAACAGAAUGUGUUGGAACUCAGGACACACCUUGAGGACAAGUUCCUUACGCCUACCACAGAAUUCUCACCAAUUUGGCUCAACCGACUCCAACAACGCUGGGACUGCCCCGUGGACUACAAUGAGCUAUUCAAGAUUGGUCAACCUCAGACCCGAACCGUCACACGAUUUCAGAGGCAUGGUCUAGAGGGCAGAGUGACAGGCUACAAAAAUGUGACUGUCCCUGCUAACAGUGCCACGGCGAAGAACUCUACUUCAUUCCUGCGCAAGCCAGCCAGCAGAGCUGACUUCGUACGAGGUGCCGCUGGCUUUUUCCCUUUUGCUCCCGGCGGUUUGGAGGGCAUCGAGGCCACGGCCGCUCUCGAGGACCAGGUCCAUCGAGAUGGCGUGGGUGACGAUGCAGCACCCUCGAACAGGCUCGAGAGAGUAAUCAAACUUGGCGAGGGCGGGCUGCUCGAAGUUGCUCCCGGCCUCAAUCGCGGUAUUGACGUCAGCAUGAAAAAGACUAACGAGGAUGAGGCCAGGGCAGUGGAGCAAGAGCUGGACCAAGAGCCUGAGGAGGCGCCGGAAGUCGAAGAGCCGGCAAGCGAAGCUCAAACAAAUGGCGAAAGGGAUCCUGAGUCCGACGAGGAAGACGGCGAGGACAUCGAUGCUAUCUUGCCUGUUGAGUUCCCGGCUUUGGAGCCACACGGUACCCUUACAGCGUCAAGUGCUAGGAAGGCUGGACGAGAGUGGGCCCAUAUGGUCGACAUUAAGAGAGAGAUCCCAAAUUUCAGGGAGCUGGUGCCCGACAUGGCAAGAGACUGGCCCUUCGAGCUCGACACUUUUCAAAAGGAAGCCAUCUAUCAUCUCGAAAACGGCGAUUCUGUCUUUGUCGCUGCACAUACUUCAGCGGGCAAGACUGUCGUCGCUGAGUAUGCCAUCGCCCUCGCUGCAAAGCACAUGACGAAGGCCAUCUAUACCUCACCCAUCAAGGCUUUGAGCAACCAAAAGUUCCGGGACUUCCGCCAAACAUUCGAUGAGGUGGGAAUCCUGACCGGCGACGUCCAAAUCAACCCAGAGGCAAGCUGUCUGAUCAUGACUACGGAGAUUCUGCGCAGUAUGCUCUAUAGAGGGGCAGAUUUGAUACGGGACGUUGAGUUCGUUAUCUUUGAUGAGGUGCACUACGUCAAUGAUUUUGAACGCGGUGUAGUCUGGGAGGAGGUCAUUAUUAUGCUUCCAGAGCACGUCACGCUGAUCCUAUUAUCUGCUACUGUACCCAAUACUUACGAGUUCGCUUCUUGGGUUGGAAGGACAAAGCAGAAAGACAUCUACGUCAUCUCCACCCCAAAGCGCCCUAUUCCACUUGAGCAUUACCUCUGGGCUGGCAAAAACAUACACAAGAUUGUGGACUCCGACAAGAAAUUCGUCGAAAAAGGGUGGAAGGAAGCCAGCCAGGCCAUUCAAGGCAAGGACAAGCCGAAGGCCCCGGAAACGACCAACUCGGCGCGUGGGGGCGGUGUUGCUGGCCAGAGAGGAGGCCAGAGAGGUGGAGCACAGCGCGGCGGGCAGCGCGGCGGACCUCGGGGUGGUGGAGGCCAGCAAAGAGGGCGUGGCGGACCACCACGUGCCAGCCAUGCCCCAGGCCACCUAGGACGGACUGGUCGUCAAGGCGGCUUCACAUCGGCUGCUCAGGACAAGAAUCUCUGGGUUCAUCUUGUGCAAUUCCUCAAGAAGUCCAAUUUGCUACCUGGCUGUAUCUUCGUCUUCUCGAAGAAACGGUGCGAGGAAAAUGCCGAUGCACUUAGCAACCAGGACUUCUGCACCGCCGCCGAGAAGAGUGCGAUUCAUAUGACUAUUGAGAAGUCAAUCGCCAGAUUGAAGCCCGAAGACCGAGUCCUCCCUCAAAUAAUCAGACUGAGGGAACUCUUGUCGAGGGGUAUUGCAGUCCACCAUGGAGGCCUUCUACCCAUUGUCAAAGAGAUUGUCGAGAUUCUCUUCGCUCAAACUCUCGUUAAAGUGCUAUUUGCAACGGAAACAUUUGCCAUGGGUCUUAACUUGCCAACUCGAACUGUCGUCUUUUCAGGCUAUCGGAAACACGAUGGUCAUUCGUUCCGAAACCUGCUUCCCGGUGAAUACACGCAAAUGGCUGGUCGGGCAGGGCGCCGAGGCCUGGACACUGUUGGUUCAGUUAUCAUCGUUCCGCCAGGUGGCGAUGAGGCCCCCCCAGUUGUUGAUCUCCAGAAGAUGAUCUUGGGAGAGCCAUCGAAGCUAAGAUCCCAAUUUCGACUCACUUACAACAUGAUUCUCAACUUGUUGCGAGUGGAGGCACUCAAGAUUGAAGAGAUGAUUAAGCGCAGCUUUUCAGAACAUGCCACACAACAGCUGCUGCCGGAGCAUGAGAAGGCCGUCAAGGUUUCGGAGGCCGAUCUCGCCAAGAUCAAGCGGGACUCGUGCAAUACCUGCGACGCAUCAAUUGACGACUGUCACCAAGCCUGUCAAGACUACAAAGUGCUGACCGAGGAAAUGUAUAAGUUCCUCCUUGGCAUCCCUAUCGGCCGCAAGAUGUUCAGCCAGUCGCGCCUGAUUGUGUACAAUAAAGAUGGCAUCCGUACACCGGGCAUUCUGUUGUCGGACGGGGCAACAAACAAGGGCCCACAGGGCAGUCCGACUCUGCAUGUAUGCGAGAUCAGACUCAUGAGGGAAACUCGGGACUCGACCGACCUUCUACCCUUCAUUCCGGCCUUUCGCAAAUAUCUUACGCCGCUCCCACAGGCGAAGAAGCACAUUCGCAUUAAGACCUUGCAUGUGCCCCUGGGCGAUGUAGAGUGCCUCACCAGGUACGUGACGAAGGGUAUCGUGCCAGAGAUCUUUCAGAGUGGCGAGAAGUACAUCAAGGCAAAGGACAGACUCCAUUCGAUCUGUCGAUCAUGGGACGACCUGUGGGAUGAAAUGGACCUUUCCAAGAUCAAAAACCUGCAAUUUCAGGAGAUGAUGAAGAAACGAAAGGAUGCUGAGCUCACUGCAUCGUCGUCUCCAUCACUAUCCUGUGGACAGUUCUUGAAGCAUUUCGCGAUGUGCCAUGAUCAGUGGCUCAUCAAGGAGCAUAUUUCUCAGUUGCGCCAGUCUCUGUCGGACCAGAAUCUACAGCUGCUUCCCGACUAUGAGCAACGAAUCCAGGUGUUGAAGCAACUUCAAUUCAUCGACGAGAGUUCCAGGAUUCAGCUCAAGGGCAAGGUAGCUUGCGAAAUCCAUUCAGGCGAUGAACUCGUCCUGACGGAGCUGAUUUUGGACAACGUGCUCGCAGACUACGAGCCGGCUGAGAUUGCAGCUUUGCUUUCUGCCUUUGUGUUUCAGGAGAAGACUGACUCACAGCCAAAUUUGACCGGAAAUCUUGAGCGUGGCAAGGACACCAUCAUUGCUAUCAGCGAGAAGGUGAACGAGGUACAAACGCUGUACCAGGUCAUCCAAGCCGCGGACGAUUCCAAUGACUUCAUAUCUCGUCCUAGAUUCGGUCUGAUGGAGGUGGUCUAUGAAUGGGCGAGAGGCAUGAGCUUCAAAAACAUCACCGACCUCACAGACGUGCUUGAGGGCACAAUCGUGCGAACCAUCACGCGGCUUGACGAGACAUGCCGUGAGGUGAAGAAUGCUGCUCGUAUCAUCGGCGAUCCGGAACUGUAUCAGAAGAUGCAGACUGCACAGGAGAUGAUCAAGAGGGAUAUUACAGCAGUAGCCAGUUUGUACAUGUAG